UUAUUUGUAUGUAUAUUUUAGUCUGGUUGUGUGCGUGAAUGUGAAGACGACGAGUGAUACAAGAGAAAAAUAAAGCCCCAUCUUGGAGCUGAAGUUUUUUCGAUGAUUUUCAUGUGGAUGUAGAAUAAAACUACAGAAAAGAGACCCACUAAUAAGUGAACAACAACAAAACACAUGUGGCGAGAAGUAUCAAAUGCAAGUCCAACCUUAACCACCAACUAAGAAAAGAGAAUAUCAGCGACGUUAACAACCACAGUAACACACAGAACCUAUUGCAGCAGAGCAAAUAAAGAUAACAUUGCUACAAAAGCACAUAAAUAUAAUUUAAUAACAAAAAAAGUAACUAAUAGUCCCAACGUGUGUCUCACUACUGUUGAGAAUUGGAGAGAAUUUCAAAUGCAAAGUUUUGAUUUAUAAAACUCUGCAGCAGCCACAGACGAAAUGGCAAAUUCCAUAUAAAAUCAUACUCUGCCAAUGCUGUCGUCGAUGAUAACAGAGAAAGAGAGAGAGAGAGAGAAAGAGAACCACGGCACACUGCGAGACUAAAAUAUACUUCUUCACAUAUUUAGUAGAUGAAAACCAAACAAAACAAAAACACCACUUGGUCACUUGUGUAUCAACAACAACAGCAGCAAUUCUGCUACAGCAGCACGAAGAGUAAAUGCAUUAGAAGGCAUCGUCACCUUUAAAAACAACUCAUCCAAAAAACAGCGACUACACACAAAACCUAACAUUAAGUACACACAAUCCAUAAAGAGGCAGGCACAAGCAACGACGGUGUGGAACACCUCACGCAUAAAAGGAAAACUAUACAGAGAGAUAGACCCACAGGCACGUGAAAUAAUCGUAUAAGAUGGGUAAACGUGUCGUUGUUGAAACUCACGACCACCAUCAUCAUCAAGUUACACCAGUUUCAACUGGAGCCCGUAAUAUACGUAAGCGUAAAUGCAAUUCAAAUGGUAACACCAACUCUAAUCGCCACCACGGCAUUGAUAAGGGCAACGGCAACAAAGCCCAACGUAUGAGCUCUGGAUCUGGUCACAACAAUGAUGAGUGGCAUGAAAAUGAUGACGAGGACUCCUCAUCGAAUGAUGGUCCUCCAGAAAAGUUGCCAACACCCCGCAGUAUAUCCAGCAAACAUGCGAAUAACUCUUCUAUUCUUCUCAACAAUUCCCUCAACAUUAGCCUUGCCAAUGAGCCAAAUGCAUCGCUGACGGAAUCGCCGAAACCGGUAUAUACCCUGAGACCAUCGGUUGUCAAUGGCACCGUAUUGUAUGACUUAAAUGAGAAGCCAUGGCGUUUGGGGCGUCCCAUUGGUAAAGGCAAUUUUGGUGAAAUAUUUUUAGCAUCUGAUAACAUCAGUAUUCCGGUUACAAACGAAAAUGCAAAAUUUGUUGUUAAAAUUGAGCCUCACUCCAAUGGUCCAUUAUUUGUUGAAAUUCAUUGUCUCAUGAACACUGCCAACAAGGAGAAACAUGACAUUAAAGCAGAAGAAGCUUCCUCCGACGCUAGGGCGACAAGCAGCCAUUUACCAUUGGACGCACCCUCUGGUAUACCCGACUACAUAGCAUCCGGAUCGCACUUUUUCGGAAAUGCGCGAUAUCGUUUCUUGGUUCUGCCGCGUUUUGAUCGUGACCUUCACUCACUGAUUAAGAAAUGCCGAGUUCAUCAGAAAUCCGUUUUAACAUUGGCGAUACACAUUAUAAAUGUUUUGGAGAAUUUACACGACAAAGGAUACUGUCAUAACGAUGUAAAAGCUCAAAAUCUCAUGAUAUCCAAGUGCAAAUAUUUGGCUCUACCCCAAUCGGAAAUAGUACACAAGCACGAGACGGAAGCUUGCAUUGGCGGCAGUGAUCGUUCGAUCGUGGAAGAAAAUCAUUUAAAAUCUUCAAGAAAGUACGAUGACCACUACGAAGAGAAACAACAAACUACAGAUAGCGGCAAUAGUUCCGAGCAAGAAGCUAACGAUGACGAUGACGAGGACUUUGUUAUCAAACAUAAAAUUAAACGUAAAUUUGUUUUGGACGAUGAUGACGAUGACGAAGACUAUGAUGAUGAAGAUGACGAAGAGGAGGAGGAGAACGAUGAGGAUGAGGAUGAUGAUGAUGAAGAUGAAGAUUUCGAUGAUGGAGCUACUACAAAUAGUACCAACAGCAAUAGCAUGGAUAAUUAUCGAACCCCGAUUAAUAAAAACAAACGUACACAAAGACAGAAAUCCUCCCGCAGCGUUGUGCCGUACAGUGGUUCGAAUCCGGUGAGAUCAUGUCGUCGUGAAAAAAGCAAUCCCAUCUAUGAUGAGAUGGUUUCGUCACAUUAUUUGCGACCCACAAAACGCGUUAGUUAUAUAGAGUUCUUUAAUGAGGACAAUGGUGGCAGUGGUUUGCAAGAAAUUCAUUGUAUUUCUUCAGAUGAUGAAUCAGAGGAAUUUGUCCCGUCUUCUAUGCAGCGCAGCCCCAAAGGCACACCAGCAAAGAAAUCUGCGAGUAGUUCAAAAUUAAUGAGCUCCCGACGUAUAACGAGACGACAAGAAAAGUUAUUGGGGAAAAGACAGACAAAUGAUUCCAAAAAGAUUGACCACAAAAUUAAUGAAAAAGAAGAUGAUAAAAAGACAUUUAAGGCAGACAGCAGCGAACAACAUGUACAGAGGAUUACCGUUGAAGAAGAACGCAUAUUCCUGAUUGAUUACGGCUUAGCCUCAAAGUACAUAGAUAACGGUGUACAUCGUCCAUUUGUGAUGGAUCAACGUAGAGCCCAUGACGGUACACUAGAAUUUACAUCCCGCGACGCUCAUAUGGGUGCCCACUCCCGGCGCAGUGAUAUGGAAUGCCUAGGAUACAAUCUGCUAUUCUGGUCACAAGGUUAUUUGCCAUGGAAAGAAGCGGCUACCAAUCAACAGCAGGAGAAAGUGCAUCGCGCCAAGGAAUAUUUAAUGACUGACGUUCAAGAACUUUUAAGGCAAAUAUAUGGAAAACAGGUUCCAAAAUAUCUCGGUGAAUAUCUCAACUUAGUUGGGCAACUAAGUUACCAUGAACGACCCGAUUACAAUCGUUACCGACGUAUUUUCGAAAAAGAGUACCAACAGUUGGGGUAUGCACUGGAAAGCAUACAAUUACAAAUGCGGGAAAUUCAGCGAACUUGCGUGCGCGUUAAGGAAGAGAUCGAAAACAAAAACGAUUUCUUCGAAAUGAACAAUGGUGUCUUUAAUGUGGCAUACAAUGCAAUGCAAAAUGCUGUCGGUGGCACACCAUUCCAUGAACGCACCCUAACAAAUCGUGUUUCGCCAAAAAAUCUACGUUCCAAAUCUGAUAAAAAAGCAUCUAAGAAGAAAAAGUUUUCUUGGACCGAAAUUCUCUCACAGGACCCAGAUCUGAUAGCAAGAGAGAGGGCUGAAAAAGAGUUUGAUCGUGAAGAGGAACUCAGCGAUAUACAACAAACUACAGUUCGACGCUACCAAGGAAAUGCUACGUAUGCCAUUCGAGAGGUGCUAGAUCGAAUGGGACGCAAAGUGGAAGAAUAUGAACAGCAGAGAGAUGAACAGCUAAAAACAGAACAGAAAAACAAGAUGAAACAACUUAAAGAUGAGAAUGACGUCGACAUGGACGUUUGUGAUGGGGAGCAACAGGCAGACUGCUCUGAACCAAUGGAAGUUAACGAUGACGAAAACGAAAGCGAAGCCUAUACAGAUGCUACAGAACCUUUGGAAACUGUGCACACUGUUAAUUCCCGCCGUCAUCGAACACUUCCGAAAUCUCGUUGCGGUAGCACAUGCAAAGCUGCAACAAAAGUAUCCGCUUCAAGAAAACUUAUAUUGAAAACACCAAAUAUGAAUGCAGCAGAUGGGAAUGCUGAGAAAUCCAAUGGCAGUCGCUCUGCGAAGCGAACAUCACGAAAAAGGCUUAGUAAAGUUAAAACAAGCGUUGCCCCAAAUGCCACCCCAGUUACUUCGACAACACCGAACACCGGACUAAAAACGCCCAAAGCGGGAAAAAAAAGUACCAAGCGUGGCAGUGCCAUAAGCAAGAGCUCUCGCAAAAAUGCAUCAAACAGCGGUGCAGCAGUAGCAGCAGCAGCUUCUGCCGCCGGUGAAGUGGAGCAGCGACAGCAAUCCUCACAAAAAACCAAAAGGGAGCGUCGUACAAGACGGUGCCUUCUCAAGACUGAACAACCAUCCGAAGGUCUUCUAGAAGAUGAUUCAAAUUCAAAUUUCAGCCCCGAGGGCGACUUAUGGAAAGGUAGUAGCCAUCAAACUGAAGCUUGUACACGAAAUUGUAGAAAAUGAUUUAUUAAUAGAAUACAAGGGCUCAUUACCGCCUUAACUACAACCUACUUAAUUUUGAAGCGGUAAUGCUAUCCAAUUACAAACGUAUGCAUAUAUAUUUGAAUAAUUCCAUUUUUGUUUUGUUUUGUUUUUGAACAUUUUUUAGAAAGGCAUUUCUUUUAUUUUCACCAUAUGUUUGACACAAGGAAAACUUAUGGAAAAACUUUACUUUUGUAAAAUUAUAUAAUAAACAAAUUAAAACACAAAACUUUGUUAGCAAAGUCCAUAAAUCAAACAACAAAAUAAUACAAAACAAGAGAAUAGUGUGGCAAACCAUACAGAACAAGUAUUAAAUAUUUCUAAAGCUUGAUUGCUUUAAAUACAGAAUAAUUUCAAUGAAAAAAAUAAAAAUUAAUGUAUUUUUUAUUAUUUUCAAAAAUAUGUAUGUAUAUGCUUCACCACCCCCAUUAAGGAUGAUUUUUAGAUACUCUCUAAAAGCUAUGGCAUAUAUUCAAAACAAAUUUCAAUAAUUUAUUUUCCAUCAGAGAAAAAAAUUUAAAAAAGAAAUUUAUCCGAUAUUUAAAAGAAUAUCUAGUUAAUAUAACAUUAAAAUAUGGAAACAACCUAGUAAAUAUAGAAUAUAACUAAAAAAAAAAUAUUCAUACAAUGACAUUGAAUUAUUAAUGAAAAUACAAAGUACACACACACACACACACACACACCUUCACCUACAUACAUAUACACGCAAGCAUAUAACAUGAUCAAUAAUUAAAAGAAACUGAAUUUCAAUGAGAAGCAUGGAAAAACCUCAGUACUUCAAUGAUAAGUUUUUUGUGUUUGCUAUGGAAUUUGUAUUUUAUUUUUCCUAUAUACUACACAUACACACAAGCACACGUGUUUUUUUUUUUCUUAUAAAUAUAGAAAACAAAUAUUGAAUUGAAUUCAUUAUUUCAAAUUAGUCAAAUCAAAAUGAACAAUCAUUCUAUACCCAACAAAAAAAAACAACAC